AGGAGGGAAAUGCUGUCGACGACUCGCCAUAAAUAUUCCUCGGCCAUUUGGUCUUCCGUUUUUUCCCAUUAGAGGCGAGGGUUAUUUGUUUUUGCAGGUGAAUGCAUAAAAGACACAUCCAUGGUAGUAAUAAUAACGUUUGUCACAUAUGAACGUUCUGUUUGGCCCUUUCCAUCACUUGACUAUAUAUGUAUAUAUAUAUAUAUAUAUUUUUUUUUUUUUUAGAAGACUUUUUUAGCAUUUUAUCACCACUAUUACCUUUUGAAUACUAUUUUUUUUUUUACAUUUAAUUAUAUUUAUUAUUUGUUUUCGUUACUUGGAGUGAAUAAAUUUGUCUCGCACAUUCAAAAGCAUCUUAUUCGUUAUUCGUUUUCCUUCGUAGACUGGAAGACGAACGAGAGUUUCCUCUUCCAAAUACUCCCUUUGCUUCCAGCGGCUCCUGUCCCUUUGCCUCUCCACACCACCACUCGCUUCCUCGCCCCACCACCUGCGGACUAGGCUUGGGCUGCGUAACCAUUCAUAGACAUGUGAGCGGUGAUGCGACUCUUUCUUGUCAGCGGAGUAAAUGUCCCUAGAAUUCUCAUAUCACUCCUUUUUCCUUCAUAUUCUACUGUAGUGAAUAGGGAAAUAAAGAAUAGGGUGUUUGACAGAAUCGGUAAUUCUGAAGUUGGCGGUGUAGAAAGUCGUGUAAUACAUGGGGUUCAUCUGCAUGAAAAUUAUGAUGUCUGUUGCUUUCUCUUUCACACGAAAUUAAGACAAAUCUGGAGUACACUAAAUGGAGAGUAAGUUGCUGUGUAGAAUUUAUUUAAUCUUAAAGACGGCGUUGUAGAAAAGAAAUCAGUAAAUCAUCCCGGUGCGAUUUACUGGGAUGGAAAUGAUAAUGGUUUACGAUUGGGCUAGAUAAGAUACCUGGGAGACGACCUUCUUACUUAAACCAUGCCCUGUACACCGCGACCGAGCCUUUCAUUGAACAAACACGGGACUAUGGCAGGCUGCGUCUAGAUUCGAAAGUAAUUGGUUACAAAAGUGUAUGACACUAUGUAGUAAACGUUAGGUGCCGAAUAUAUGAGAAUUCUUAGUUUUGUUGUUAAAUGCGAGUUCAAGUAUCCUAAUUAUACAUGUAGUGGGUGUGUUUGCGCAAAUUUUAUCGCCGAGUUGCCACAGGUUAAUAUAAAACACCUUUUUAUCAGAUAUUUGAUGCUAUUUCUAACAAUCUCGGAAUCCCCAUGCGAAGGCCAUGCGAGAACAUGUCAGAAGAUAGCGAUAAGAAUGAUGUUACGAGUGUCCAAGAGAGAGAGAGUGAGAGUGAGAGUAACCUUCAGAUACGACAGCAGUUACAUGGUUGUGUGUGUGGAGGGAGGAGCGAGAGGCUAAGCGUCUGUUUCUGUGAAUUAAAAAAAUAAGAAAAGUGCACAGUGUGUUCCUAUGCGUUCGCCGACAUGGGAUCGUUCAUGAGCUCUGUGAUGCGUUCGGAUUUGCGGGAGAGUCAGGAACAACAAGUAACAGCUAUGAAAUCGGACAUGAUCUCGCAGCAGGUGGAGCUGGCGCGGCGCAUGGCGGAGCGGCAGAUGGCGCUGCAGGUGGCGUCCGUGCGCGAGCUGAUGCUGUGGUUCGUGCCCUUCGCCGUCACCUCGUACGCCUUCCUGUACCGCGGCUACCGCAACACCAACAGCUGGGUCGUCCUGUUCCCGCUCAUCCCCGUCACCUUCGGCCUCGCGUACCAGCUGCACUACGCCUACGGCAGCAAGACGGCGCAGAUCAGAGCCUUGGCCGAAAAGAUCAUGGCAAACGAGGCACACAUGAUGGCGGUUCCUGAAUGGCAGUCUACAGCCCAGUCUCCCCUAAACCCUAGCGACCCGUCUCUGCCUCCGGCCCUGCAAGCACACACAAGCAGUCAGGCAACUGCAAGCAGUUCCUCUAUAAAGGAGACCACUGAUAUUAAAGCAUUUCAUAAUCCCAACACGAGAUCGGCGUAACAUUCUUGUUUUUCUUUUUUUCAGAUAAUACUGUUAAUCCAUGCAGUCUGUCACAUUCCAUAAGCAUUUCCAUAAUUUAUACUACACUAUGUUUAUAAAUGGAGAGUGAGAGUGAAAGUGUGAGUGAAAGUGUGCGUGAGAGUGAACACGUGUGGACUCCAAUAUUAGUCAUGUUUCACAGACGACUUGCACCAAAUAAACAAGUUUUAUUUGAGUGCAUUACCAAGUUAUAAUCUAUUUACUAAUAAAAUAAAUAAAAAAAAUAAUGAAAUAAUCAAAAAAAUCUUGCUUAAUGACCUAUACUCUUAGCAAGUAGUUUUCAAAAACAAAUAAUGUUGACACAACAGAAAGAAAUAAACUGUAUAAUAGACUUGGGCAUUACAUACUACUGUAUAUAGUGGGACUAAUAGAUACCAAGACAAGCACACUAAAAUACCUACAGCUGACAUUCAAAGACUUAAUAAUACAUAGAAUUGUAAAAAGUUCAAGUAUAUUUAUUUACAAAGAGUAUAUAUUUAUUUAAAGCACAUCUGUAUACCAGCACAAUCACCAGUUACUAAACCAACAAUGGUAUAUUCUGAGUCCUUAUGAAUAAAAA